GCGGGCCCGGCCGGGCCAGGGGGGGCCGAAGCGAGCUCCGGGGAUGAGCUCGGGGGCGGCUGGGUGCGAGCUCCUGCCUCUGCGGCGAAGGCGACGGUGGCGGCAGCAGAGGCGGCGGCGAGGCCCCCAUGGGUCGGCGGCGGGCCUCAGCCGCGGCCUCCACUUCUCCGCUCGCCGGCGGGAUGGCGCCCGGGCCUCGGAGAAGCCGCGUUAGCGGAGGCCUGCGGCCGCUCUGCUGAGACGAGCCCGCCAAACUCCCCUCCCCCUCCUCCGUCCUCGACCCCCCGCACCUCGCCCCUUCCCCACCCCCUCCUCCGUCUCGGUCCCCCGCGCCGCUCCGGACCACUAUGACCAUGAGAUCCGCAGUGUUCAAGGCGGCCACGGCUCCUGCCGGCGGCAACCCCGAGCAGCGACUGGACUACGAGCGGGCUGCGGCGCUGGGCGGGCCCGAGGACGAGUCCGGGGCGGCCGAAGCCCACUUCCUCCCCCGGCAUCGUAAGCUCAAGGAGCCGGGGCCCCCGCUGGCCUCCUCCCAGGGCGGGAGUCCCGCGUCCUCUCCAGCCGGCUGCGGCGGCAAGGGCCGGGGUUUGUUACUCCCGGCCGGGGCGGCCCCCGGGCAGCAGGAAGAGAGCUGGGGCGGUUCGGUGCCCUUGCCCUGUCCGCCCCCAGCUACCAAACAAGCCGGCAUCGGCGGGGAGCCAGUCGCAGCCGGCGCCGGCUGCAGCCCCCGGCCCAAGUAUCAGGCGGUGCUGCCCAUUCAGACGGGCUCUCUCGUGGCGGCGGCCAAAGAGCCUACGCCCUGGGCUGGGGACAAGGGUGGGGCGGCUCCCCCGGCUGCCACCGCCUCGGACCCGGCGGGACCCCCACCACUACCUCUGCCCGGGCCGCCACCCCUCGCGCCCACCGCCACUGCCGGGACCCUGGCGGCCAGCGAGGGCAGAUGGAAGAGUAUGAGGAAGAGCCCUCUCGGGGGUGGCGGCGGCUCGGGAGCCUCCAGUCAGGCCGCCUGCCUCAAACAGAUCCUUCUGCUGCAAUUGGACCUCAUCGAGCAGCAGCAGCAGCAGCUGCAGGCCAAGGAAAAAGAGAUCGAGGAGCUGAAGUCCGAGAGAGACACGCUCCUUGCUCGGAUUGAACGUAUGGAAAGGCGGAUGCAGUUGGUAAAGAGGGAUAACGAGAAAGAAAGGCACAAGCUGUUUCAGGGCUAUGAAACUGAAGAGAGAGAGGAAAUAGAGUUGUCUGAGAAAAUUAAACUGGAGCGCCAGCCGGAGCUUUGCGAGACAUCCCAGGCUCUGCCUUCCAAGCCUUUCUCAUGUGGACGGAGUGGAAAGGGACACAAAAGGAAAACCCAAUUUGGAAAUACAGAAAGAAAGACUACUGUUAAAAAGCUGGCUCCUGAAUUUUCAAAAGUCAAAACAAAAACUCCUAAGCACUCUCCCAUUAAAGAGGAACCCUGUGGUUCCUUAUCAGAAACUGUUUGUAAACGUGAAUUGAGGAGCCAAGAAACCCCAGAAAAGCCCCGGUCUUCAGUGGAUACCCCACCAAGACUCUCCACUCCCCAAAAGGGACCCAGCACCCACCCCAAGGAGAAAACCUUCUCAAGUGAGAUGGAAGAUUUGCCGUACCUUUCCACCACAGAAAUGUAUUUGUGUCGUUGGCACCAGCCUCCCCCAUCACCGUUACCAUUACGGGAAUCCUCUCCAAAGAAGGAGGAGACUGUAGCAAGGUGUCUGAUGCCAUCAAGUGUUGCAGGCGAAACUUCAGUCUUGGCUGUUCCUUCUUGGAGGGACCACUCAGUAGAGCCUCUAAGGGACCUAAAUCCUUCAGACAUUUUGGAGAACCUAGACGACAGUGUGUUUUCAAAGAGGCAUGCAAAACUGGAGCUAGAUGAGAAGAGAAGAAAAAGAUGGGAUAUUCAGAGGAUCAGGGAACAAAGAAUUUUACAGCGACUGCAGCUCAGAAUGUAUAAAAAGAAAGGAAUUCAGGAAUCUGAGCCUGAGGUUACCUCAUUUUUCCCUGAGCCAGAUGACGUUGAAAGUUUGAUGAUUACCCCCUUCUUGCCUGUUGUAGCAUUUGGACGACCAUUACCAAAAUUAACUCCACAGAACUUUGAGCUACCCUGGUUGGAUGAACGAAGCCGUUGCAGGUUGGAGAUCCAGAAGAAGCAAACACCUCACCGGACGUGUAGGAAGUAGCUGUGCUGGCAAGAACCCUGUCUUCAGAUAGUUGUAGCAUGCCAUUCCAAGAGAAUGGCUGAGACCUGUAUAUGUGACCUAUGUCCUCAUGUGUGUUACUCACUGGUAAUGCCUUUCCAUACUCCUUCAUUUUAGUUUUGUUUUCGUCACCCUGACUUCACAAAACAAACAAAAGAAACCUCUUGCAUUGGGCUUAUUUUGAAUUACGGAGAGUUAUUGGGACUUCUUUUUCCUUUUUGGGGAAAUGAGCUCAUGCACUUAUCAUAUAGGACGGUAGAUUUGGGAGUUUUAGGAGCCACUUCUGCUCACUUGCCUGUGUUGAAGGGGUACGAGGGCUCUUCAUUAGCCACGUUGAAGAUGGAGUGACCCCGGUCUUGUAGGAGCUGUGCCUGCCCUGCCCUGUGCUUCCCUGGUGCGCCUUUUGAACAGUUUGGGUGUAGUAGACUUUACACUAAAGUAAACAAAGAGACCUUACCAUAAGCUUUAGGACCCAAGGAGGAAUAACAGAUGAAGCAAGUCACCCUGAUAGAGGAAGAAAUAAGACUAUUGUGUGAAAGUUGGUUCUCUCAAAACUAGGCUGUGAUAAAGGAGGUGGAAAGAGGUGUGUGGCUGAGCACUUUCUUAAUUAAUGGGUAACUGAAGUUCUUUUCCCACCCCUCAAAAAAGAAAAUGUUUAGAAAAAGAGAUCAGGGAUGUAAGUUUCCAACUAGUUCCAGUGCUAAACAGAAACGUUGUCAUUUGGGGAUGGCACACCAGAGUUUGUUACAGAUGUCCUUACGUCACAUCACUUCUCAAUAUUCCUUAGUGGGGUUUCAUCCUAUUAGCCAAACGUGUGGGGGUGAGGGAGAAAAUUUGGGGCGGGUGGGGGGAGGGUAUGGAAAGAUAUGCUUCCUUUGACUGGCAAAUGUCAUCUUGAAACAAAGAGUUGUACCUAAUGAACCUCUGUUCGUUUUGUAAAAUAUAGAUUUAUACAUGUACCAUCUUGGUUACUAUCUCCUGCCUUUGUUUUGUUACCAAAAGAAAAAAAAUCAGGACAGCACUCCUAGGCCACUU